AUGUCUCUACCGGUCCCUGCUACGAAUCCGUAUCUCGCCGUUCCACCUCCAAUUACUCCAACAAUCCCUCACGAGUCGCGGAUAGGAGGUUCAACGUGUGCGACGAAGCAACACCUUCAGAGUAUCUCGGAGGUCCCUGAUCUCCACUGGACCGCUCCCUUUCGGGACGGUCUGCCAACCCCCCCCAACGAUAUGAAUAGCGUCGCUUACAACAGUCUCCCGUCCGCCUAUGGGGCUAAGCUGGACGGGAUGACCCUUCCACCGUACAACAAAGUUCCCUCAUACUCGCGAACGAACCCCAACUUCUUUAAUGGAAUCGUACAGCAUCCCAAGCCGCAGAGCCAGCAGCCGUUGAUCAAGGAGGAGCCAGAGACCCGGGGAAAGGACAAGAACAAUUCCUCCGUUUCAUAUCUCCAGAUCCCGUCAUCGAUCAAUAACACCAAGGGUAGUUUGGCGGAGUUUGCUGCUCAGAUGACUUGCUUGUUCUGGUUUGAAAGCACCUCGAAGUUAACAGCGAUUGAGGAUCGUGCAAGUUCCGGUACUUCUAUCGCUCCCGAAGCGAUUCCCUCACUUGGAUUCCAGAAAUGGGUGUCCAACAUUCUGUCGACAACCCAAGUUAGCCAGAAUGUCAUCUUGCUGGCAUUGCUUUUUGUCUACCGAUUGAAAAAGUUCAACCCCGGUGUACGAGGAAAGAAGGGCAGCGAGUAUAGACUUAUGACUAUUGCUUUGAUGCUGGGUAAUAAAUUUCUCGAUGAUAACACCUAUACAAAUAAGACAUGGGCUGAAGUGUCGGGUAUCUCGGUUCAGGAAAUCCAUGUCAUGGAGGUUGAGUUUUUGAGCAAUCUUCGAUACAAUCUCUACGCAUCCGAGAGCGAAUGGGCUAAGUGGCAUGCGAAACUGGGUCUUUUCGCCGACUUCUUCAACAACGCACCCCUGGCUUUAGAGAAACAUGAAGCACCUCCAGCACCUCCGAUGCUUCAUAUUUCACCAAUUAUGGGACCAACGGCACGAAACAAGUUGUCGCCAACUUCGUUGUCGAAGUUACCUUCACCUCCUGCUGCUGCUGAAUCCCUUCGGGCACAACACUGGAACCUACCACUCAAUGGCUCAUCAUACACCAACGUUCCCCAGCUUGUGAGUGAUGUGCCACAAGUCACUUCUCGGAAGCGGGCUCGUGAUGACUCGGCUGGAGAGCAUCCGGCGAAGAAAGUCGUCAUGCCUAACACCAUUCCUAUCCCGGUCUCAUCGCUGCCUACUUCGAUUCUCUCAACUAUCCCAGCUUUACCUCCUAUGUUGGCACCCACUGCUGCUCCGUCUCAGCAGACCGUUCCAUCUGCUGUCUCACGACUACCUCUUCCUACUCUUCCUCCUUCCUCUAACACGUUAGCUCCAAGUGUUCCCGCCUCCGUCCCUCAGUUCCCACCUACGGUGGGGCGUUCGACGAUUCCUCCCGUGUACAACCCCGCGAGCUGGGCUGCACCGAUUCCAACACCAACAGCAGUUCAGUCUCUGGCAAAUGGCCUGUUGAAUCCGGCAAUUUCCCUGCCUGACCCUGCCAGACAUCAUAACAGCCCCUUUGCGGUGACUUCGGCGACUGUUUCCCCAGCAGUGUCUGUCUACUCUGCCCACACUCCUCAGACUCAUCUAUCCCCGUCGUUUUUCUUGGCGAAUAGGAAUUCCCCUUACCGUCCUGUUCGUACAGUCAACACCCUUUUGAUCCCUCCGCCAUCCGCCUCUCUUCAGCACCAACGAACUAUCCCCUUCGACCACAUGCACUACCAACCGCUCGGCAAGACCGCCGCGGAGCGCAAAACUGGCCUGUUGCCUUACCUUCACCAAGAGGCCUGGCCCCAGGGAGGCUUCCAUUACCCCCCCUUCCAUCCAACACCGAAUUAUUCUGGUUGA